GAAACUCAAUGGGAAUGAUUAAUUUCAAAUCAUACUGAGUGAUUCGCAUUCAGGCCACGAUAGUCUUUGCAUGUAUGGCUGGAUACAACAAGUUCACCAUGGACGGAAAAGAUAUAGUUAGAUUCCUGUCUGCGACAGUUGGAAGUUUUGCUCAAGACCGUUUGAUCAACAAGGACCAGAGGAUUCAACACAAGGAGCAGUGUGCAGAAAGGUUAGCUGCUGAAGAUGGUAGCUGCGACAAAAAUGGAGAAGUCCGAUAUUCUGAUCAAGCAGUCUUGGCGAAUUUGGACUGGGGGAUUGAUGCCCUUGAAGAAGCAAUCAACACAUCCAAUAUCGAGACCAAGAAUGCACGAUUGGACUAUGCGGAGAAGAUGCUGCAGGUCUGCGCGAUGUUGAAUUCCCACCAGAAAACAGCCGGAGUCCCUAACUUCUAUCUCUCUGCAUGGGCCCACCUCAACCUUGCGUUCUUAUGGAAGCUUCGGAACAAUGUUCACAACUCUGUUCUUCACGUGCUUGAGAUGUUCAUUGUUGAUCCUUUCUUCUCACGGAUCGACUUUGCACCUGAGCUGUGGGAAGUCCUAUUUCUUCCUCACAUGAGCUCAAUCGUUGGGUGGUAUUCAGAGUCAAGGCAUAAAAUCGUAAUGGAAGUGAUUCCUGAUUCUGCCGAUCUGUCCUUUACAGCUGAUUUUGAUCAGUUCUUCAAUGAGUCUUUGAUCUUGUCAAUGCGGCCGGAUCAAGCUGACAAGUUGCAGAAGUUGGAAAAGCUCUAUGGGGAAUCAUUGGAUGAGAACACCCGGCUCUAUGCAAGGUAUUAUAAGGAGUGUGUGACCUUCAAUUCGACGGUUAGCAAGAAGGGGAUGCCAAUGUUUCCUAUUGCAGAGCCACCCAUGACACCUUUGCAUGAAGUGAGCCGAUCGAUACCGAAUUAUGUGAAGUUUGGUCCGAUCUUGCCUAAGAGUGCUGGGUUUUCUCCAAUUUUGAAAGAUAAAGAUGAUGAACAAGAACAUUGCAGAUUGAACAUAACUUCAAACGCCAGACAGAAACUGCAGGAUAUCAUGCUUCCGGAAAAUGAAGAUGGCUUUGAUGCUGAUUAUGGGGAUGCUGAUAUGGAUUCUAAUGUUAGAACUCCCAAAGUGGUUGCUACGAAAAGCAUGUCAUCAGUGAAGGAAGAGGGAAGUGGGUCGAAAAUACGGCAGUCAAGAAGGAAGGAUAGCCGAUCCUAUUCUCCCAAUAUUUUCUCUCCUAUGGAUUCCCCAUGCACUCCUCCCAAGGUCGCAUCGCCACAACUGGAGGUCUCUUCUAAGAAAGAACCUGAACAGUUACUGCGGCUUUUGUCUGGUCGUCUUACAAAUCCUACCAUGCCCAUCUCCUUGCCUAACUCUUUGCCUGAAUCUCCUCGUCCAUGCAAUGAUUCCAGCAUUAGCUCAGCAGAAUCUGAUGGCGAAGUGCUAGAAGUGCAGAAAAAUUGCAGGAAGAGCUUCAGUUGCAACAGGAGUAUGAGUUUUGGAAAUACAAAGACCCAAGUUUCAGAGGAUGGUUUCCUCAGCGAAACCGAGGAAGAAGUGAGCCAGAGCAGCAUCUCUCCCCCAUCAUCUGAGAAAACUCCUCGAACAAGACCUUCGAAAGAUUUCGUCUGUCCUAUCACAGGCCAGCUCUUUAGUGACCCAGUGACUCUUGAAACAGGCCAAACAUAUGAGAGACGAGCAAUCCAAGAAUGGUUAAGAAUGGGAAAAACUACGUGCCCCAUUACCCGUCAGCCUCUCUCUGCAACUAUUCUACCCAAAACAAACUAUGUGUUGAAGAGACUAAUCACCUCCUGGAAGGAACAAUAUCCCGAUCUUGCCCAAGAAUUUUCCUACUCCGAAACCCCAAGAGCAUCCCUAAGCUCCACAUCUUCAAGCGAAUUGCCAUUGAAGUCAACCCCAUCAGUGGCUUUCAAUGUUCUCAUCCCACGAACUACAAAUGAUGGUAUUAAAGGCGAAAAAAUUAACAGAAGAUUCAUGCAGUCUGUAGUCGCUACCUCUCCAACCAGUGUGAUAUCUCAAGCAGCCACUGAAAGUGUUAUAAACAGUUUAAAGCCUUACACUUCAUGUCUAUGCACUUCAGAGGACUUGCAAGAAUGUGAAGCAGCUGUUUUAAAAGUUGCAAGGAUAUGGAAGGACUCAAAGGCCGAUCCAGCAAUCCAUGCUUAUCUGGUGAAACCAACUAUAGUAAAUGGGUUUGUUGAAAUACUAAUGGCUUCUGUCGACAGAGAGGUUCUCAGAACGUCAAUUUACAUCCUCUCUGAGCUUAUAUUCACAGACGAAAGCAUUGGUGAGAUUCUCACCAGUGUAGAUUCUGAUUUUGAUUGCCUGGCUGCUCUGCUGAAAAAUGGCUUGGCUGAGGCCACCGUUCUUAUUUACCAGCUAAGGCCGGCAUUCUCUCAGCUUUCAAACCAUGACCUUAUUCCCUCCCUUGUUCAAGUAAUCAUAAACAAGAAUGAUGAAUCCAAUGAGUUUCGGUUGGUCGUGGAGCCCAAGGAUGCUGCUAUAGUGAUGCUAGAUCAGAUCCUGUUGGGAGGGGAUGAAAACAGCAAGUCGAACAAUGCUUCAAAUGUUAUUUCUGUGAAUGGCCUUCCUGCUUUAAUCAAAUGCUUGCAUCGGAUUGAGGGAAGGGUAUCUGUUGUAUCUAUACUUUUAAGCUGCAUGCGUGCAGACAAGAGUUGCAGGAAUUUCAUUGCAAACAGAGCCGAGUUGUCUCCUGUUCUUGAGUUAUUUCAUGCAGGCGACGACAGCUCUAGGAGUGUAUGCAUUGAUUUUAUCUCGGAGCUGGUUCGGUUGAAUAGGAGGACAUUCUGCAAUCAGAUUUUGCAGAUAAUUAGAGAUGAAGGUGCAUUCAGUACCAUGCACACUUUUUUGGCGUACCUUCAAAUGGCCCCAAUGGACCAGCAACCAGCUGUUGCCAGCCUUCUUAUUCAGCUUGAUCUCCUGGUGGAGCCUCGGAAGAUGAGCAUUUACAGGGAAGAAGCUAUAGAAACAUUAAUUGAAGCACUCCACCGAAAAGACUUCCCUGUUUCUCAAAUCAUAGCCCUCGAUGCAUUGGCAUCUCUCUCUGGUCGAUUAACUGCCUCAGGAAAGUCUCUUACGGAAACCUGGUUACUCAAGACUGCAGGACUUAAUCAACCUUAUAAUGCUUUAAUGAAGGCAGAGAAGACACGAAAAGUGGAGGAUGAAUCAAUCGAAAAAAUGGAAGAAGAAGAGAAGGCUGCAAGUGCAUGGGAGAAGCGAGUAGCAUUUGUCCUUUGCAACCAUGAAAAUGGAUCCAUUUUCAAAGCAUUAGAAGAAUGUUUUAAGAGCAACUCCUUAGAGAUGGCAAAACAAUGCUUGGUUGUCGCUACAUGGCUGACCCACAUGCUUAAUGAUCUUCCUAAUACUGGAGUUAGAGAUAUUGCUCGUCAGUGUUUGCUUGACCAAUUCAUUAAUAUCCUUCAGUCGUCUAAGAACCUUGAGGAGAAGGUUCUCGCCACCCUAGCUUUGAGAAGCUUUAUCCAUGAUCCAGAUGCACUUAAAGAACUUGGAACGUAUGCAAAUAGCAUUUGUAAGCCCUUGAGAAAGCUUAAACGGUGUUCAGUAGUGGUUGCAGACACACUAAAAGCACUAAUGAACUUGCCAUCAGUCAAUGCAACCGAGCUAUGGUCAUGUGCAGAAGCAGUUGAGAUUGAUGCAAGUGCUAAUGGGGAUGUCCUGUCUUUGGUUCAUCUCAAAGGACGGAUUUUUAGCAGCCAUUCUGAUGGACACAUUAAGGUUUGGGAUUCUGGGAAGAAGAUUUUAAGGUUGAUUCAAGAAGUUCGUGAGCACAUAAAGGCAGUAACAUGCAUGUUCAUUCCACCUUCAGGUGACAAGCUUUACAGUGGCUCUCUAGACAAAACAAUUCGAGUUUGGGCGAUUGGACCAGAAGAAAUCCAUUGUGUCCAAGUUUAUGACAUGAAAGAGUCAGUACACUCAUUGGCAGCUAGCAGUAGCCUUGCAUGUUUUGCUUCUCAAGCAACUGGUGCCAAGGUUUACAACUGGGGUGGGAUUACAAAGCACGUAAACUUCAGUAAAAAUGUCAAGUGCCUUGCCAUGAUGGAAGAAAGUAUAUAUUGUGGAUGUACUGGCUACAGCAUCCAGGAAGUAGAUUUGAGAAAGGGCACAUCAAGCAUAUUCUACUCAGGGACAAGGAAACUGCUAGGCAAGCAGACCAUACAUGCGCUCUGCAUUCGUGAUGGUCAUCUCUUUGCUGGUGGUUCUUCGGUUGAUGGUUUAGCCGGCAAGGUGUUCUCUCUGUCUACUAGAGCGGUCAUUGGAUCAUUGUCGACAGGAUUUGAUAUCCAUAGUAUAGCUGCUAAUAACGAUUUCGUGUUUACGGGAACCAAAUGUGGGAUCAUUGAGGUCUGGUUAAGAGAACGGCUCACUAGAGUUGCAUCACUUAAAGUUCAUGGAGGAGGAAACACGAAGAUUACUUCGCUGGCCUCAGAUUCUGAUGGAGAAAUGCUGUUUGCUGGUACCUCCGAUGGAAAGAUUCAGGGUUGGUCUCUGGAUUGAGUACCAUCGAGAAAUAAAUCAUUUGCUAUUUUUGUUAAAAUGAAUGCAAUAAUUGCAUUUCUAUAUCUACAUCUAAUUCCAGAUGAUAUGUAAAUUAUUCUUAAUUCUCAAAUGAGAAGUCGAAAAAGAAAAGAAAAUGAAAUUUAUUCUUAGUCGAAUCAGCAAUUUGGA